UUUUAACAUAAUUUUUGUCUUCCAUUUUAAAAAUGGCAAAAAAUUUCAAUAAAACACAACCAACCAAAAGCUGUUUAAAAAUUUAGUUAGUUUCAAUAAUGUGUACCUUUAGUGCAAAAUUAAAAUUUCACCUACUUUCCUUAUAAGUUUAAUUAAAUAAUAAAAUAUGUUAAAAACUUAUUAUUGUAAUAAAAAAACUAACGAAAUUGUUACCAAAAAAGUUAUGAACAAACAAAAAUACAUUUUAGAUAAUUUCCGGUUAAUUAAAAGCUGUUUUAUCUUUCUCAGAGUUGUAUUUCCUAGAUACUAAGAUAAAAAAAUGGCAACACUUUAACAUUAAAACGUUGCGCAUGCUCAAAUUGUUUGGUUUAAAAUUCCAGCUUAUAACACAGGUGGCUAAUGGUUUUGUGGUUUAUUUUAUUAGCAAACCAGGUGGCUACAUUCUUAUUAACCAUGUUUUUUGUGUGUUUAUUUCUUCUUAUAAGCCAUAAACUGCGGGCUGGCUGAUUGCCUAAAACUCUCUUAACUUGUCUCCGUCCGUCUCCAACAUCUAGCCAGCCAGCCAGCCAACCAACCAUUCAUUAUAUUUUCUUUCUUUCAUUUCGUUCGCUCGUUCGUUUGUACGUUCGCAUUCUACACUAUUUUUGCGUGUACAAUAUAUACAAUAUACCUAAUAUAAUACCCAGUGUUUUUGUCUUAUUAUUUUAUUUUUAUUUGGAUUUUUUUAAUAACUUUCACUUUGUGUGCACUUGGACGAAAUUCAUAUUUUUUUUCUUCACUAAUAUUUAAGUUUGAGUAGUACAUAGUAGUAGUAAUAUUUUGUUGAAUGUUGUACGACGACGGUAUGUUGUGUUUUUUCCAAUUCGAAUUUGAAUUUUUCCCCAAAACAAGGUCAUACGCAAAACUAACAACUCUAUAAAUUAAUAAUAAGAAAACGACAAAUAAAUAAUAACAAUAAAAAAAAUAUUGACAAAAAGAAAAAACAAGUACAAGAAAUUAAUACGUGAUUAAAAAUCUAAUUAGUUUUUACUAAAGAAAGGAAAAAAUAAGUAUUGUAAAGAGUUUAAGGUGGUGUUUAGUUAUAAUAAAUAUAUAGAAAAAAAAGAAGUUAAGAAACCAGAAUAUUCCUACAAAUUGGAAAAGUUUUAUUUAAAGAAACGACAAAAAAAAAUUGGUGUUGGUGAUUUUAAUGUGUCAAGUUGAGCACGAGCACCGCCAACCAACAAAUCGAGUGUGUGUUAUUAAUAAAAAAGUAAUAUUUAAGCGAUUUAUUUAUUAAUUUUUCUUUAAAUACAAAUUUGCAUAAGAAAACGCCCACAAUACAAGACCAAAAAUAGAAUCAUAAUUGAACGGUAAAACUAUCCAUCCAACUAACCAUCCGUCUGUCUGCCAAAAAAAACAACCAACCAACCAGCCAACCAUAUAACCAACCACUCAGCAGACAUUUAGUUGAGGUGUUAAUGUUGUUAUUUUUGGACGCAGCACCUUAAAAUAGAAAAAACUAUAACUCAAAGCCAGGAAUAAUAAACGAACAUGACGUCAAAAUAUGAACGCAUUAAAAAUGAGUGUCGUACUCGUAAUACAUUAUGGGAAGAUCCCGAUUUUGCAGCCGUACAACAAUCUGUGUUCUACUAUCAAACGCCACCAUUCACAUUUCAAUGGCGGCGCAUAUCCGAAAUAGCCGAUGCCCCAAACGCCUGUUUUGUCAAUGAAACCGAAAACUUCGAUGUUAUACCCGGUAAAAUGGGUGAUCGUUGGCUAGUUUCCUGUUUGGGUGUCCUGCAUUCUCUAAGAAAUCUGUUCUAUCGUGUGGUGCCAGCCGAUCAGAGUUUAGACAAGGCUAAUGGAGUAUUUCGUUUCCGGCUGUGGUGGUGUGGUGAAUGGGUAGAGGUUUUAGUCGAUGAUCGUCUGCCCACCAUAAAUGGCCGUUUGGCUUUUCUACAACCACAGACUUCAAAUUGCUAUUGGGCCUCGUUGCUGGAAAAGGCAAUUGCUAAACUGCAUGGCUCAUAUGAGGCUCUUAAAUACGGCACGCGGUCAGAUGGUCUCAGUGAUUUACUGGGUGGUGUGGUACAGUGCAUACCCCUUAAGGCCACCAGUACCACAGAUUUGGUGAGACCUCAACAGUUGAAAUCACAUUUGGAUACGACAUGCAUUGUCACCUGCAUAGCGGCGACAAGUGCUGCCAUGGCUCAGCAUAAAAGUACACCAGAACGUCUACCGAAUGGCAUAAUACUCAAUGUUAACUACAGACUCUGCUCACUGGAUAAAGUCGAAACUCUGCUCGGCGAUGCCGUACAAUUGGUGCGUAUUAAGGAUCCUCUAGCUUGUAAUGCUUUUGCCACCAAUAAUGACUACGAGGGCGAUUGGUCGGCCAUGUCACCCACCUGGGAACGUGUCUCUGUACAGGAACGUGAUCGUUUAUUUGGCCAACUGGAAGUGGGAGAAUUUUGGAUGUCUUUCUUGGAUUUUACACAAACCUUCUCCAGUCUAGAGGUUAUUUAUCUCGAUGCGGACACAGCUAAAGAUGAGCUAACACUGCAGGAUCGACCGAAACGUUGGCAAAUGAAAAUGUUCCAGGGUCAGUGGAAACGGGGAGUUACAGCGGGUGGUUGUCGAAAUCAUGAAUCAUUUCACAUUAAUCCCCAACUACUCUUGACCAUACCGGAGAAACAGGAAAUUGUUGUGGCCCUGAAUCAACACACCGCAGUGGAGCCUAAAGUUAUUGGUUUCACUAUGUACAAAUUGAGCGGUGUGGCUGGUUCGAAGGUCAAUCAAAAGAUCACCGAAUGUUUACCCAAAGAAUUUUUCAAAACCCAAGUUAGUUUUCUUAAUUCCGAUUAUGGCAACACAAGGCAUGUGACAUGUCAUUGCCAGCUGGAAGUAGGUCAAUAUGUUCUAAUGCCCACCACCUAUGAACCGGGCGAAGAGUCUAGUUUUACUGUCAGAAUAUUGGGCACAGUACCGUUACGUUUAUCACUAUUAGAAACACAGACUCUAAUGCUGCUCGAUCCCUUCCCAGUGCUUAAGAAUGAAGCUGAUUCUACGAAAAUAAAAAAUGUGUGUCAAUAUGAACCCGUAUUUAUGCAAUUGGCUGAUGAAAAUAAAACCAUCAAUUGUUUUGAACUGCAUGAGUUAUUGGAUGCGUGUCUGCCCAAUGACUACAUUAAAGGUUGUGCCAAUAUAGACAUUUGCCGCCAGGUUAUAGCUCUGCAGGAUAAAACCGGCACGGGUCGUAUUAAUUUCCUACAAUUCAAAACCUUCAUGGUCAAUUUAAAGUCCUGGCAGGGAGUUUUUAAAAUGUACACCAAAGAAAAGGCUGGCAUACUGAGGGCAGAACGCCUGCGGGAUGCUCUAUAUGAUGUGGGCUUCCAGUUAAGCACCGACAUUAUGAAUUGUAUAAUGCAGCGUUUCAUACGCAAAGAUGGAACUUUACGUUUAAGUGAUUUUGCUUCGGCUGUUUUACAUUUAACGGCCGCUUUCGAUUACUUCCAGCGCAAAGAUCACAAUCAGGAUAAUGUCAUCGAAAUCGAAAUGUCCGAUUGGAUUAAAUGUGUUUUACGUUGUUAACAGUAGAUUUACACAGUGUCGCUAUAUAUUCUAUAGAUCAGGUUUGAUUGUAGACAAAUUAUUGCAAAUAAGAUAAGUUUGGAAAUUAUUUAGUUGUUAAGGCAAAUGUUGGUGGCAACAUACGUAAGAUGUCUUUUGUUUAGUCUAAUUUAUUUGUACUCUUAUAUUUAUAUAAAUAAUAUUUAAUUAUUUUUAUUUAAAAUCUCAUUUACAAACAUACAAAACAAAAAUAGUCUUGUAAUAUUCAAUAUUAAUUGAUGUUUAUACAUAAUUUAGUUUAGAAUUUAAAUAUUUACGUACAUGUGUGCUAUAUUUAGUAGCAUAAAUAAUUUAGCUAUUAAAAUUAUUUCUCCUUAUUAUUUUAAGUAUACUUUUUUGGUUCUAAAAUGUUGUUAUAUUAUAAAGGAAACCAAAAUUUGUAAGUUACUAACCAAUAAAUUAAUAAAAGUUUAUUAAAAUUA